GCUUCCCCAUGUACAGCCAUUGAAUUAACCUCCAUCCAACACAUCAUACAUACACUGAGGGAAUCAACGACCAGAAAAAGUUCAUCCACAAUGCCCCCCUUCGGUGCAUCCAAAAAGCGGCGCCGCGAGCUCGCCAACGUCAACACCCAGCUCGUGGAAAUCUACGAAGACCUCGCUAGCGAGAAAGACGAGAUCAGAUUAAAAGCCGCCCAGGCGCUCGUGUCGCAGUUCACGCCGGACAAGAACGCCUCGGACGAGCUGAUCAAGAAGGCCCUGCAGCGGCUCUUCCGCGGCCUCUGCAGCAGCCGCAAGGCCGCGCGCAUUGGCUUCUCCAUCGCGCUGACAGAGAUCCUGACGCAGGUGUUUUCCGCGAAGCGGGAGGACUCGGAUGUCUCUGUGGCGGGUGUUAUGGGGAUUUGGGAGUCGCAGUCUAGUUCUUCGGGGAGUGAGUCUGGUCAGGAACAACGGGAUCAUGUCUUCGGCCGUCUAUUCGGCGCAGAAGCGAUCAUCAAGUCGUCGAUCUUGUUCAAGCCCCAGGUGCCGUUCACGGAGUGGACCAAGCUUCUGGAUCUGGUGUUCGGGCUGGCCAACAAGAAGCCGUGGAUCAGAGAGGAGUGCGGCUGGAUCAUCUACCGCUGUGUCUAUGAGCUGUCGACGCAAAAGGCCGAAGCCAAGUUCGUGGAGAGCGCUCUGGAGCGCCUGUGCUCGAACGACCUCGCUCGCACCCCGGAGGGUGUGUCCGUCUGGCUUGCGGCCAAGGACCUGUUCCCGCAGGUGAACUUCCCCAGCAAGGUGUGGAAGCAUGACGAUCCACUCGACGCCAAGGAGCGGAGCAAGCUGGCCAAGGUCAUGAAGGAGUCGUCGGCCGUUGACCCCGAGGAGGAGAAGCAGGGCAAGCCCAAGUCUUCUGGGGUGUGGAACUCGAAGCUUCAUUUUGCUUGGGAUGCCGUCUUGGCUAGGUUGGCUGUUCCCACCAAGUCUAAGGGGUCGCGUCUGGGUUUCGCGGACUUCUGGGUUGAGGUUGUCGAUAACGGACUAUUCGCUUCCUCCUCUUCGGACGAGCGCAAAUACUGGGGUUUCCUCCUCUUCGUCAAAGUCAUCAACGAGUGUCCCCCAGAGCAGGCUUCUCUGGUAUUCACCAAGAACCUCGUCGGCUGUCUCACGAACCAGCUCGCCGUCGAGGAUCGCUUCCUGCACCGCAUGGCCGUGAAGGCGACCAAAGCCCUGCAAACGCGCGUCUCCAAAGAGCCCGCCUUCGCCGCAGCCUCCAUCAAUGGCCUCCCGGCAAACUUCGACCAGAUCACCAAGACGAAGACCGUCGAGAAGAUGGCCGUCGAAGCCAACGCCGACGCUCUGCGCCAGAUCGUCCCGCGGCUGGAACGCCUCAUCGCGUCCCCCGACACAACCGACGUCAAAGCCGCGGCGUCCAGCCGCCAGUUCCUCGCCGGCCUGCUGUUGAGUAUCGUCCGGUCGCGGGCGUCAGCCAGCGACGCCGACGACGCGCAGGACGUGCUCGAGCAGAUCCUCUUCACCUUCGUGCGCUUCGCGUACUUCAGCGCCGCCGAUGACGCCAAGUCCGGUGCCCAGCCGCCCUUGACGCAGCAGACGCAGGAGCUCUUCCGCAGCAGGAUCAACUCGUGUCUGAACAGCUUGAUCGCGCAGCAGAAGUACGCUACGGAUCUGCCCUACGCGGUGGUGCGCAAGAUCCGCGACGGGGCCAAGUCCGGCGAGUACGGCAAGUUCAUCAUCGACAUGGACGAGACGCUGCGUGAGUCGGUGAAGAGCGCGUUCAAGUCGCUGAAGAAGCUGUUCAGCAUGGACAAGAAAGAAGACGGCGGCAUCGACGCCUUCAAGCUCCUCUACUCGAUGACCAUCCUGCAGGUAUACAACGGCGACGCGGACGCCGUGUCCAUGCUGGAGGAGCUGGAUUUCUGCUUCUCGAAGAUCUUCAGCGACAAGAAGUCCAAGAAGGAGGAGAAGUCGGACGCGACGGAUGCGCUCGUGGAAAUCCUGCUGAGUUUCGCAGCCAAGCAGUCGCAGCUUUUCCGACGUAUGAGCGAGCAGGUGUUCGGGGUGUUUGCGGAUAAGGUCACCGAGAAUGGGCUGGAUUCGUUGAUUUCGAUCCUCGAAGCGAAGGAAAGCCUCGCGGGACAGCAAGAAAUGUUCGACCAGCAAGACGAGGAGGGCGACGAGAACAUGAUGGACGUUGACGUAGACGCCGACUCCGACGACAGCGACGUCGAAGUCGUCGAAGCAGCCUCAGGCUCGGACGCCUCAGGCUCAGACGACGACUCCUCCAACGACUCCUCCAACGAAGAAGACCCCGAAGUCGCCAUCUUCGAAGCCAAGCUGGCCGCCGCCCUCGGCACACGCCGCGGCGACGAAGACCUCGCCGCAGCCGACGACGACUCCGGCUCGGACUCCGACAUGACCGACUCCGCGAUGGAACAGCUGGACAACCAGCUGGUGAAGGUCUUCCAAGCGCGCCGCGACGCCAACAACCACAAAAAGGACAAGAAGGACGCGCGCGGCAACAUGGUGAACUUCAAGAACCGCGUUCUCGACCUCCUCGACAUCUACGUCAAGAAAUGCCACACGAAGGUGCUGGCUCUCGACCUCCUCCUCCCCCUUCUGCGCCUCACGCGCCGCUCCUCCGUCAAGCAAGUCUCCGACAAGGCCGCUGCCGUCGUGCGCGAGUUCGCCAAGCUGUGCAAGGGCACGGCCGCCGUGCCGCGCGUGGACGAGCUGGAUCCCGUAUGGGAUCUGCUGCGGUCUGUGCAUGCUGAGGCGUCGCACAGUGGGCCGGCUGCUCAUGCGGCUGCUGCGAGCCAGGCGAGUUUGCUGCUGGUGAAGGUCGUUGCCGCGAGUGAUAGACAGGCGCUGGGCGGUGUGGUUGAUGUUUAUGGGGAGACGAGGAAGAAUCAGCUGUUGAGUCGGAAGAGCCAUGUGCAGCCUUCUUUCUUUACGGAUUGGAAUAAUUGGUGUGUGUCGGCUAGCAAGCAGAAGGAGUGA